AUGAUCAGCCCUAACGAAACGAAGGACAAAUUCUAUGAGGACCCAUACGCACUCCUGGCGACUGUGCCGGAGGCGGAUAAGUUGAUCGCCCUUGGUGACUUCAACGCCUCCGUCGGCACAGGCCAUGCUGCUUGGAGGGGACUGCUGGGUUCCCAUGGUCUCAACGGCCCUAAUGACAAUGGCCUGCUCCUCCUACGAACCUGCGCAGAACACGGGCUCAUCCUGACUAACACCUACUUCCGCCACCCGUUGCGUGAGAAGGCCACCUGA